CCACGUCAGGAUCGCGGCCAGAUUCGCAGCGUUCACUAAGCCCUUCGAGUUCCCGAGAGACAUCGGACCUUCGAAAUUCGCGCGGCGAUAUGAGAGCUCAGGCAAACCGAUCCGCCGAAUCCGCGAGGACAUGAGGGGCAGGGGUGGUGAGUAGAGAAGCGUAAGCUUAGUUCCCAGGGCGAGAGGAGAACGCUAUCCAGGAAGGGACGAUCCAGAUAUCUUCCAGAAAUUCUCUUGAAAACCCAUCCUAUGGCUUGCAGAGCUUCGCUAUUCGCCGGUUACGAGCAGGGCGGCACUUUCUACUGCGAUCUCAAAGUCAACGGGACGCAGUCGGAGGAAGUCCUAUUCGGGACGAAACUACGAUAUAUAGGCGCCUCCAGGACAAACUCCUCGAAUCACUUGUCGCUGUUCAACCGAGCGAAUCAUCAUUUUGGCUACGCCACCAACGGUGCUGUAUUCCACAUCGUCGAUCUGCCCAACGAAAAGUGCUACGGUUUCUGCUACACGCCCAGCGUUCGUAUGCGGAGGAUAUCCGGAGGACGUCUCACGUCGAAAGGGAGCCGGGUGCUCUCGACCUUCAAAACGGGACCCCAAAGCUUCGAAGGCAGCUGGUCGACAGCUCAGAGGCUCGCGGUUGCGUCAUCGGAGGCGCCUGCGAACUCCACCUGGCGAGUGUCUGUCUCCUGGGGAUCGUUGCGCAUUAAAGGCAAUGAUUACAACUGCGGCGUGCUCUCGCUGAGGUUUCCCGACGAACAUCUCGUACCUGAGGAGGAGGUCAAUCGGUUCGAGGUUUUACGCUCCGAAUCCCCGGCACCGGAAGACUUCUGCGAUGCAGAUGCGAUGGUCGUCGCAAUUGACGAAGAAGGAUGUCGUCACGCCUCCCUGAGUGGAGGAAAAGGAUCGUCGUUGGCUGCGCUCUACGCUCUCUCGGGAGAACUCGGAACGUUCACCGUCCCAAGGGCUCUGGUUGUGACGACCCGCGCAUACGAAAAAUUCGCUUCGCAAAAAUGUGUCACCGAGGUCUUGGAGAAGCUAUCCGAGGAUAUCCGCGACUCGGCUGAUCCGGAGACUGGAAACUUGUCGACCAGUGAUGAAUGUGUCAGGAAACUAUCGGAGUUCUGCUUACCUCAAGAACUCAGACUGCAGAUAGAGCAGAAAAUCUUGGAGACGAUUGGACCCUUGAACGAAAUUCGAGCGGUGGCUGUUCGCUCGUCAGCUGUGGGCGAGGAUUCUGAAGAGAUGUCCGCAGCCGGUCAAAUGAGCACAUUCCUGAACCUCAAAGAGCUCGACGAGAUCUACGAAGCCGUCGUCAAGUGCUGGGCUUCACAAUUUUCGGUUACAGCUCUGAACUAUAAGCGCCAGUACGGCCAAAAACUCGAAGGCGCCGGAAUGGCGGUGGUCAUACAAGAAAUGGUCAACCCUGACGCAGCUGGCGUGAUGUUCACUUGCGACCCGGUUUCGGGACAUCCUGGCAUGAUCACGAUAACCGCCAACUACGGUUUAGGCGAAUCUGUCGUUUCGGCACAAGUCGACCCAGACACCUUCGUGUUGAAACGCAACGGAAAUCAAGAUAUCCACCUCGAUUCGAAAACGCUCGGCAAGAAGGACGGAGGGAUUUUCCCGCGCUUCACUGGGGGAGUUCUUAAAGCAUAUCUGAACGAGGAACAAUCUAGGAGCUUCUGUCUGAGCGAUUCCACGGUGGAGACUCUCGCUCGGGUCGGAGCUCAGGUGGAAGCGCAUUUCGAUAGGCCGCGCGACAUCGAGUGGGCGGUGAAGGACGACCAACUUUUCCUCCUACAAAGCCGGCCAAUAACUUCGAUAUUCGCGGAGACCGAGUACGAGACGACGCACGAUCUGGAUUGCGGCGUUCCGACAAAUCGAGAGGUUUUGAGCAGAGCUAACCUCGACGAAGUGAUGCCAGGCUGCCUUACGCCAAUGACUCUCGACCUCAUGACCAUGAACUUCGACGUUUUCCUGCUACGAAUCGUUAGGAAACAUUUCCCCGACCUGAUGGACUACAGUCUCUACUCGCCCAAAUUCUUCCACCAAUUCGGCAAAAAAGCCUUUCUUAACGCAUCUCAGAACCUCUUCGGUCUGGGACACAGGCAGCUCAAGGAUCAGGCCCUGACUACGAUCGGCACAGAUAUGAAUGGCCAUGAAGUUUUCCGACUCGGGAUCUUCCAUGAGUCGCUCGCCUCGAAAAAUACUGUCAUGAAAAUGGCCCGGAUGACGUUGGGCAUAUCUUACGAAACAGACGAAAUUCUGCGCAAAGGGAAGCUAGUGGCAGAAAAUUUCUCCAUCAACCUGCCAAGCUGUGCAACAUCAAGUGAAAUGGUCAUCUCCUUUUUAAAACAGCUGCACCAAAUGAAGAAUUCGUUCGGCUACCUCUCUGGGGCGACCAUUGCAGCGUCGAGCUGGAUGCGAGCCACAAUCCGCGUUCUGAGGGGGAUCGUGGGGAAAAGAGCCCCCGCCGGUGAACUGAUGUCGCUGUUCUCGAAGCUCAUGCGCUCCGAAUUGGAAGUGGAAAGCGCGGAUAUUCCCGAAAAUCUUCGAAAACUCGCUUCCUGCAUCAAGUCGUCCAACAUUGGAGAUUCCUUCGUGAAAUCGAGCCCGGAGGAGGCCCUGCUCAAACUCCAAGGGGAUGAAGGUGAAGCGGGACAGCAUUUCCGAGACUUUUUGAGAAGACAUGGACACCGCUGCUAUAAAGAAUUCGAUCUGGCAUCCAAGCCGUGGGACAUGGACCCGGUGCAGCUUAUCAAAAUACUCCAGUCGUACGGCUCGAAGGAUUCUGCGAGCGUCGAGCCCGAUGUCGUGAAUCUCCGUCCGGGCUUCGUCAACAAAAAACUUUUAGAGUACACAGUUCCACGCGCCCGCAAAGCCGUAUUCGCGCGGGAAGCCAUGAAAUCUGCGGUGGUCAAGUGUAUCCACGAGAUCCGUAAGGCUCUUCUGAUCAUCGCUGCUCGAAUGCGCGGAGAGUACAGAUUGCCCCGGGAAGAACUGAUUUUCUACCUCACCUUAGAUGAGAUGUACCGCCUUGCAAAACAGCAUGACUCUAAUCUCGUUUCUAAAGCUAGGCGGCGAGAGCGAUUGCAUCCGAAAAUCAACCGAGAGAAAUUCCCCGUCAUAAUUUGCGGCAUUCCCCAGCCGGAGAAAAAAAUGGAAAAUCUUCUGAACACUGCCAACAAAACAUCUUCCUCGGGAAUGACUGUCAGCGAAGGCACGGUCACUGGAGUGGCGAGAGUGAUCCAUGACUUUGAGAAGGAAGCUCACCUCAUCCAAAACGGCGAAAUACUCAUCACGCAUUGCACCGAUACCGGCUGGACUCCGUACUUCCCGAUGCUGUCAGGAAUCGUCACCGAAAUCGGAGGCAUAAUCUCCCACGGAGCCGUAGUUGCGAGGGAAUUCGGGCUCCCGGCGCUAGUCGGCGUCAUCGGCGCCACCGAGACUUUCCGGUCCGGGGACAUGGUGGUGAUCGACGGGAAUUCUGCUACUGUAUCGAAACUGAAGCCGAGAAGACGCUCGGAUUCUUUCGAGAGAAAAUCGGGAGCUGUCACUGAUCUUGGUGCAACUCGUUCCCCUGUCCACUCCGCUGAGAGCAUAGAAACCGGAGAAGCUGCCGAGAAGAUCUCUCUAUCGCUCGAAAAAGUCACGGGGGACGCAGAAGAUGCCGAGAUCGUGCCUGAGAACGCGGCCCAGCCGGAUAUCAGUUCGACGAGCUCGCAUUCCACGCUCCAAGAGUCGCCUGUGACGAAGGUCCUGAUACCGAAAUAUUCGGAGGAGAAUGAAGUGUUCGUUUCUGCUGAAGAUCUCCUGAGCUCAGAAGAAGAAGGACUCCAAACGAGAGAUGAGAUCCCGAAGAACAACAGUGGGAAAACCGCAACGCACGGCGGCGAAGAACCGCCACUCCACGAGAGACUCAUGCAGGGAGUUCAACGUUGCGCUCAAACCUCCGUGCACGAAGAAAACGAGGAGAACGUCGAGGGAUAUCCGAUUUCCCGCUUGGUAAUCGACUCGACUGUGUCGCAAAGUUGGCCGAAUCAUGGUGAUCAUCCUCCAGAAUUAUCGAGUGACAUUCCUUAUGUCGAGCUCGAGAGUGAGUUGUGACGGGACCGACGAGAAGUGAGCGAAUAAAACAAAAAUCAACAUCA